AUGUCAACGUCAGCCGCACUGCGUAGCAAAACAAAUUCCCAAUCCCAAAACGAAAAACUUCGCAGGCGCAUAUCGACGACCAUACAAAAUUCUCCCUCAAAAAAGAAGAUUGCUUGCGAAAAAACUGCCAACAAAAUAUUCCACCAUCGAACUUAAAUAAUUCAAGAUCUACGUCUACAGAAACCAAGAACAACAAAAACCUACAAAAAACGAAAACAUUCCAUAUGGAAUGCAGCAAGGUGUAAAAUUUCUAAAUUUAAGAACCUACAUCCGAUACCCCCGUUCGAAACAAAGACUGAUUGUUAAACAUUCCAUUUUACACGCAAAACAAGUAAGUCGGAAAAGGUACAAGCCCCCUUAACUGUUGCACCAGUUCCACCUGCUUUCAACAGAGGAAAGUCAUGUCUGCGUCGCGCUAUGAACGCUUGAGCACAAAUUCAAAAGGUGAACUCUUCCAGAAUGAUGAAGAAAACGAAUUGGACUACGACCAUCAUCACCAUCGACUAGAGGCGGACACACAGAAUGCCGCAAGUUCAAAGUUAAUGCAGAUGGCAGUGGGCACAUUGGCCAUCAUCUGUCUCUACCUCUCGCUGUCCAUUAGCUUGACUUUCUAUCAAGGAUGGCUCAUAAAGCAUUUAAAGUUCCCCCUAUCGAUAGUUUCGUACCAUCUGGUUGUGAAAUACAUGAUGUCGGCGUGUCUGCGCAGUCUCAUGCCUCUGGUCAAUGGCAACACACGAGUACAGCUCGACUGCAAGACGUCGGUUCGUAAGAUGGCUCCAACAGGUAUAGCGAGCGGCAUAGACAUUGGCUUCUCCAGCUGGGGUCUGGAACUGGUCAAGAUCUCACUCUACACCAUGACCAAGUCCUCGACCAUCAUCUUUAUUUUGAUCUUCGCUAUCAUUCUUGGCCUGGAGAAGAAAAGCUGGGCGCUAAUGGGCAUUGUAGUGAUGAUUGCCUCUGGCCUCUUCAUGUUCACCUACAAAUCGACUCAAUUCGACGCCUUAGGGUUCACUUUCUUGCUCGUGGCAUCUUUGAGCAGUGGAAUCCGCUGGACUUUCGCACAGUUUGUGAUGCAAAAAUCCAAACUAGGACUUCACAAUCCGGUGGAUAUGAUCUAUCAUAUGCAACCAUGGAUGAUUCUUUCGGUUGUUCCAUUUACCAUUGCAUUUGAAGGUGAACGUCUUUUAAAUGUUGUUGAUCGACUUCCGACCUAUCCCACCUCGGACAUCGUGCUUUUGGUGUCGAAAAUAAGUGCUGGAGCUGUUUUGGCAUUCUUCAUGGAACUAAGUGAAUUCCUGGUUCUGUCGAGAACCUCCAGUUUAACCCUAUCGAUUUCAGGAAUCUUUAAGGACAUUUGCCAAUUGGCGCUUGCAGUAGAACUCAAUGGUGACCAGUUGUCUCUGAUGAACGUGCUUGGCUUGGUUGUUUGUUUGGGAGGCAUUUGUUGCCAUGUCAUCCAUAAAUAUUCCACCUUAACUUUUCAAAAACCCGAAGAAAUUAUUUUCGAAGAUACUUCUAACGGUAACAUGCGUGAUAAUUUAACACAUUCAGUUGUCUUGCAUAGUACAUCUGGCCAAAAAAUUCCCCUCCUAGAGAAUACCGAUUCCGAUGAUGAGUCUCACGAUCAGGACGAUCAAAAUGCAUCUGAAGUGAUAUUUGAUGUUCUUAAACGAAGAGAUUCAUCUCGAAGAUAGUUUAAUCAAAAAUUUUAAAUGAGUUAAAUUAACAUUUGUGCUAAAGCAUUUAAUUUAUAUAACAAACAAAAAAUAAAUAAUAAAUCUACCGAGUUGAAAAAUAACCCUCGAAAUGCUGUGAUCAGAUAAAAUUUAUUUCUUAAAAUCGGGACUAUCUGUGAAAAAGCACAAACUUACACUAAAAAAAUUAAAAAAAAAAACAAACAAAAAUCACAAAAUUUUGUGCCAUUUGAUCCAGGCAAAAUCUGAAUUUCAAAAGAAAAACUGUCCUAGCUUAUUUUGUUCUAAGAAAGAUAUAUGUAUGUGUAUUAUUGGCUGGCAGGAUAAAAGAUAAUUUAUUCAGAGCUUUAACAAACGAGUAUUUAUAAAAUUUCCAUUGUAAAUGUUGUUACCUACCUUAAUUUUUGUAUAAAAACAAAAAGAGAAAAACUAUCAAAAUAAUGCUACACGUCAUGUAUACAAAAUAAUAACAAUUUUCAAAAUACCUACGCGUCGUCGUGUCGUGUGCCGUUAUAACUAGCGAAUUUAGAAUCACAUUAACACAUAAAUAUUUUACCUAAUUUAAGUUCAAAUAACAAAAUAUCCUAACAUUUAAAGAAAAUUGUAAAAUAAAAUUGUUUAUAUAUUUUUAAGAAACGAAAAAAGACAUAAAGUAUGUGUGUAGAAGAAUUGCACGAUCCUAAAUUUUAUAAUUUUUAUAUUUUUUUUUGUUGAAUUAAUUUUUUGUUAUAAUUUUUUAUUUAUCAAUUGAAACUUUAGUUUGUUCACAAAAAUUAAAUCAAAUUAUACUUUUGUUUCAAAUUAAUUUAAAUUAUUUUAUUUACAUAAUUUUAUGGAGAAGCAAGUUUUUGCAGACAAAAAUGAAUUGGAGAAACAAAUUUUCUAUAAAAUCUCAACAUAAACAAAUUGUUUUUAAGUUAUUUAAAGCAUUUAAUAGGAUAAUUUUUGUAUUCAUUACUUUUUUAGUAUUUCUAAAUAAAUUUGUGAAUUAUAUAUCAA